AUGGUGGUGGUGGUUGUAGCAACAUGGCAGAUUGUGGUGGUGGUGACUUGUUGUAGGCAAUGGAGAUCUGAUAUUGAAGUUAUGGAUGAUUUGGAUAUGCAUGACAUCGAAAACAAUCAUCUCGAUGAAGAAAAUCACCAGUUCGGUUCUACUGAUUCAGAGAUUCUUCAUAACGAGAAAAAUCAAUCGGAAACCCAAGUAACAGUUAUGUAUGAUUUAGAUAUGAAUGACAUCGGAAAUGAUCAUUACGAUGAAGAAAAUCAUCAAUUCAGCUCUGGUGAUUCAGAGAUUCUGCAUAAUGAUGGAAAUCAAUCGGAAAUCCAAGUUCAAAGUGACAAUGUUGCAGCACAAUAUGGCUCUUGCAAACAAUUCAUUGGAGCUGAUGGAUAUGCAUUAAGAUCUGGUUUUGAUAUUAGAAAAUCAACAGAGAGGAAAAAGAGUGGAAUCACAACUUCGAAAUAUUUUAUAUGCAAUAGAGGUGGAUUGCCAAACACUUCUACCAUAGACAGAAUUAGUGAUGAUCAUAACAAGCAAUUGAGAAAUAGUAAUUGUAAACGCACAAAUUGCAAAGCUUUUGUUGCAUUCAAAGCUAUACCACAUUCUUCAGAAGUUUACCUGUGGCGCUUUCAACAACAACACAACCAUAAAUUGAUCAAUCAAGAUUGUAUGCAUCUUUCAAGAGCUAAACGUCAGUUGAAUGUUGUUGAUCAAGCUUUUAUACAUAAGCUUUCGAGUGCAAAGGUGGGGGCAACUACAGCAUAUAGGCUAAUGUGCGUUAUAAAAGGAGGAUGUGAAUUUGUUGAUGGACUAGAGAUAGAUUGGAAAAUUUUUACAAGGGAUAUAAAUUGUCACAUCGGGGGCACUGAUGCAAAUUUGUUGAUUACAAAGCUUCAGAAUCGUAAAGAGAAUGUUACAAAUUUUACAUACGAAUACAGAUGUGACAAGAAGCAGUUAAAUGCUCUCUUUUGGGCUGAUGACACUUCAAAACAAAACUUUGAGUUAUUUGGGGACGUUGUUUCGUUUGACGCAACAUAUUGUACAAAUAGGUAUUCAUUCUAG